AUGGAAGUCGGCGAUGCCGAGAUUGGCAGUUUAACGCUCUUGACACAGGGCGCUGGGAAGACGGGCCGAAAACAUCGACGUAAGAAGACACAGCCAGGCUCCCCGAUUAACGCUAAAUCUUCGGAGCCCAAUCCCAAUGCAGCCCGUGCAGCCCGGCCACCGCUUUCCCUGAAGGCUGCGGCAUGGAAGCUGCCCGGUUGCUACGAUGUCAGAGGCAGAAUCGGCACAGGCUCGUAUGGCACCGUUCGGGAAGCAUUGGAUAAAGAUGCUGGUCGCAUGGUGGCUGUGAAGAGAAUCCACUCUGUGUUUAGCAAUAAGAUCAACUGCAAGAGGAUUCUGCGAGAAAUUGCUAUACUACAGCGCCUGGACCACCCUUACAUAGUGCAGCUUCAUGACGUCAUUAUGCCGCAAGACGAAGAAAGAUUCGAUGAGCUAUACAUGGUCAUGGAGCUUGGCGAUGCAGAUCUGAAAACUCUGUGCCGACAGCAGGUGCACUUGGAGGAGCUCCAGGUGAAGUUCGUGCUGUACCAUCUGCUGGUGGGACUCAAAUAUCUUCACUCUGCUGGUAUCUAUCAUCGCGACCUAAAGCCGUCCAACGUGCUUGUAAACCAGGACUGCAAUGUCAAGAUUUGUGAUUUCGGGCUGGCGCGGGCCGUUGGAGAAGAGCUGGAUGAGGAUCAGGAUGCAGAGCACAGCGACAAGGCCGUCCGAGUCAUGACGCAGCAUGUCGUCACUCGAUAUUAUCGAGCGCCUGAACUGAUCCUCCUCGAUGAUUACACCGAGGCAAUCGAUCUGUGGUCCGUGGGAUGCAUCGCCUUUGAGCUCGCGGAGAUGACGGAGCCAAAGCCUGCAGAGGACCGCGGUCCACUGUUUCCCGGAUCGACUUGCUAUCCCUUAUCACCAGACUGCCAACACAGACAUGAUGUGGCGUUUCACUCCGGUGGAUGCAAGGAGCAGCUCAACAUGAUUUUUGAGGUCAUCGGCACUCCCUCGGAGCGCGAUGUAAAGCUUCUGCGAGAGGACGCCCGCAAGUACGUUUGCUGCUUCCAGCCACGCCUUGGAUGUGGAGUUUCGCCUCGCUUGCCAAGUGCCGCUCCUUCCCUUGUUGAGACUAUCGAAAGCCUGCUACGCUUUAAUCCUCAAGAGCGAGCAACUGUUGAAGAGGUGCUUCUACGUCCUCUCUUUGCAGAAAUUCGUGACCCCGAGAAAGAGGUCGUGGCUCGUGGCUACAUAACCCUGGAAUUUGACCAGGAGCCAGAUCUCAGUGAACAGCAGUUGCGACAAUGCUUCAAGCAGGAGAUCCAAAGCUUUCGCCGCGCCAGAGCGGUUUGCCGCUGA